AUGACUGCAACGUCAAGAACGAUAUGUCCUGUCGACUGGGAGCAUCCGCAUCAGUUUCAAAAACUUCAGAAGCUUUCACCAUAUAGUGCCAUAGUUGUGGCGGCCAGGACUACCGAGAAUUUGGGGCUACCUACGGUCCAGCGGGUGCAAGGAUUAGAGCAAAGUCUACAGCUGGAUCUGGAAGCGCAUCGCCGCUGGAACUCGAGUCUGUCGUUGGGAUUUGUUCAUAGCGUUGGCCACGUUGAUAUUAACGAGGCACGCACUGGCAAGGACGAUGAGGUGUACUAUACGCUAGAAGUCUAUCUGAGUCUGCCCACUUCGCGACUGCCCACGAGUCCUUGCGACCCGGUAGAUGCAAUGUCUCCGCAGCAUCAUGCUAUUCGCCCGACAUUCAAAGUGGAGCGAUGCUUUGCUGAGUUUGAAGAGCUGCGUGAAAACGUGCUGAAGUUUGUGAGCAGGAUACCACAGUGCACGUGUCAAUAUUGCAAGGACUUUCUUCUUUACAUUCGUUUCAAGUACAGUCAGCCGCGCGGCAUUACUAAGCUCACAACUGGGACCAAAAAGCGCAAGCAAGUCCUUCAGACAUUUAUCAACGAUUUUGUCCUCAUGGGUCAGCGUCGUGCACCGACACUAGGCAAGCGCAAAUGCGAAGCACAGAAGCGAUUGCCUGCCAUGCUAGAAACAUUCUUGCUCAACAAUGCAACAGACUACCAAACACUUGCAGUGGGACCAGCAAGUGCGUAG